AUGGAGUUAGUACGUGUUUCGUCCUACGAGGAUAAGGUUGUCGAACUGGAGGAUCGAUUUCAGCGAGCAAUGUUCCUCUAUUCACAACUGGACAACGAAAAAUCUGCGCUGUUAUAUGAGGUGGAUCUGUUGAAUGACGAACUGGAAGAGAAGGAAGUUCUUCUGCAACAGUCUAAUAGGGAAUGUCGCGAUCUCACCAGUGAAGUUAAACUUCUAAAACGGACAAUUGAAGCGAUGACGGCAACACAGAACAAUUUGAAAGCUGAAAUAGCCCAACGGGAUCGCUUAAUUCAGGUAUGGUUACAGAUCUGA